UUGAAAACUUCACUAUAUAUGGCCUUCGAAUGUUUUAUGCAUUUCUUAUUUGUUAUUCUCCAGUUCAACAAUUUCAAAAACGCGUUGGUUUAGCUGAAUUAUUCCACGAUUUCAAUCUGGUUAAAUAAAAAAAAAUUCUCCUGAGCAAUUCACGUAGGCAAAAAUGGCUUUUGCAGUUUUUAAUUUUCCAGCAAUCGUCAUGUCAUCUAGCAAGUAUAGGAGCCGUCAGAAAUUAUUCCAAGUUAGAGCUCAGGGCUAUGAAGAUGAAGGGAAAUCAAGGCAUGUUGUUGAUGCAAAUUUACAAGUUUUAAGGAGAAGAAUAGAAGAAGUGAAGAUGAAAGAGAGAUUGGAGAGGUGUUUGACAUGUGAGCAGGGUUGGAAUUAUACAGCUACUACUAAUACUGCAACUUUAUAUUAUGACAAGAAGCGCAAGAAAGAAUUGAAUUACAUAACUCACUGCGUUGAACUCUUCUGCAUGGUUGGUGGGACUAUUGGAUUUACUAUUCUUAGCUGCACUCUUUGCGUCUAUCUUACUUCCCUGCUUAUUCAUUGAUGUCUCUACACAUUCUUUUCAUGCUUUUUAUUUGUGUUAAUUACGUUCUUGUAAAGUUGGAAUUUACUUUUACCAUUAGCCCUGUUAUAUCCUCUCUGGCUGGGACACUUGAAUCCAUUUAUUGAUGUAUCACAA